AAUAUAUUUCUAGAGCAGGAGAAGAUAUUAAAACUAUACAUCUUAAAAUUAGCGAACAUUAAAUUGGAUAAUUCAUUCGAGUCAACGCACGUCAGUAAAAAAAUGAAACCUACUGUGGCUGCUGAUGAAAUGUUUCCUGAAGGAGUGGGACCUUACAUGGAUUUAGAGGAAGCUGGUGGACCUUCCAACCUUUUAAUGGAUUUAGCUGCUAAUGAAAAAGCAGUACAUGGAGACUUUUUUAAUGAUUUUGAAGAUUUGUUUGAUGAUGAUGAUUUAAAAUAACAAUAGGAAAAUCCUUUAUUUUAUAUUAGCUAUUAAUUUUAACAACGGAAGUAAAGACAUUUCAAAUAUGGCCACCUAUUAUGUUGAAAAGCUUGCUUUCUUGUAUUCAAUUUUCAAAUAAAUAUAAGAGUAUGGUUUAUUAAAA